CAUGUUAAUUUUGAAUUGUAACAUAUAAUUCAUUAUAUUAACUUUAUUAUUAGAUUAUAAAGAGAAAGAAAAAGAACCUAAAGAACACAUACUACACUUCAUACAUAAAAAACACCGAAAUUUUUAGGCAGAAAAAGCAGCCGCAGUAGCAGCACUUAUCUCCGCAGAGUCUCUCUCUCACAGCAACUUCAGUUUCACUAAUCCAAUGGGAGAGGAAGAAAAGAAACCAGAGGAAAACAAAGUGGAAGAGAAAAAACCGGAGGAAGAACCGAAGAAAGAAGAAGAGAAGAAAGAAACGCAAGAAGGAGAUGGAAAACCAACAGCCGAAGAGAAAAAACCGGAGGAAUCUACGAAUGAAACUGCACCACCGCCAGAAAUUGUGCUUAAAGUAUUCAUGCAUUGUGAAGGUUGUGCUCGCAAGGUUCGUCGUUCACUCAAAGGAUUUUCAGGAGUUGAAGAUGUUGUAACUGAUUGCAAAUCUCACAAGGUUGUUGUUAAAGGAGAAAAAGCGGAUCCGUUGAAGGUUCUAGAAAGAGUACAGAGGAAGAGUCAUAGACAAGUUGAACUUCUUUCCCCGAUCCCAAAACCACCGACCGAAGAUGAGAAAAAAUCUGAAGAGAAUGAGAAACCUAAGCCAGAGGAAGAGAAAAAAGAAGAGCCUCAGAUUACUACUGUGAUUCUGAAAGUUCACAUGCAUUGUGAAGCUUGUUCGCAGGAAAUUAAGAAACGCAUUGAAAGAAUCAAAGGAGUUGAAUCAGCUGAACCAGAUCUGAAGAACUCACUUGUGACAGUGAAGGGAGUACUUGAAACUGAGAAGUUAGUGGAAUAUGUGUACAAGAGAACUGGGAAACAAGCAGUGAUAGUGAAACAAGAACCAGAGAAAAAAGAGGAAGCAAAAGAAACCAAAGAGGAAGAGAAAAAAACCGAGGAAAAUGAGAAAGAUCAGAAAAAGAGUGGUGAAGGAGAGGAAAAGAAAGAAGCUGUAGAAGGAGAUGGUGAAAAAUCAGGUGGUGAUGGAGGUGGUGCAGAGGAAACUAAAGUUGUGGAAAUGAAGAAAAAUGAAUACUAUUACAAGUAUGGAACGGAGGUUUUUGCAUAUCCUGAUCCAGCAUACCCUCUUCAAGCUUAUCCUCCUCAGAUUUUCAGUGAUGAGAACCCAAAUGCUUGCUCUGUUAUGUAAAAAAUGGAAAUGUUAAGGGUAAUAUUGGAAUUUUAAGAAGAAGAUUUGUAUGUGAAAUUUGGGUGAUGGCCAUAUCCUGGGUUAGAUGUCCCCUCUGUACUUUUCCUGCAGUAGAAAAGUGUAAUCUACAGAUGAGCUGUAGAGUUUUGCAACGCUCUGUACCUUUUUUUUUUCUAUAAGAAAAUUAAUUGUUAUAUAUGAAAAAUAUUAAUAAGUAAUUUGAAGUUUUUA